CACCGGGGGGUGAUGGGGGGACCCCCGAAGGAGCUGCCUCUCCAUCACUCCCGGCGCUGCUCCUGCGCAUCCCUCCUCGGAGACCAAGUUUGCUUUUGGGGUAGCACGCAGCACGUCCGGGGGGACCACCGGCGCCGUUUCCAAAGGUUUUGGCACAACUGGUGUCGUUUCCAAAUAUUUCCAGAGGUUUGGAACAGCCGAUGUCCUUCCCGGCUCUCUCUGCACCGCGGCAUCGUCUCCGGGGCCGGCAGCAUCCCUGUGCCCUCCUCCCCUGUCCUCUGCCAAGUCCUGGGGAGAUCCCGUUGGAAAAGGGAAAAGCCGCAGAGAGGGGCUGGCCCGGCCGUGCCCCCUGCCCCCGGUGCCGCACACGGGGGCUCGGGGCUGGUGGUGCUGGGCGAGCUGAAGGGCACGGGGAGAAACGCUGCCUCGGGUUUUCUGGAAACUUGUGGGGGACGCGGGAUGCAGCUUUUCCGUGGCCUCUGCAGUGGCUGUCAGGGCAGAGGGCUCUCCUUGAGCCACAGCGUCGCUGCUGCUGCUGCUGCUGGAGCUGGUCCCGGGAGCUCAGGCCAGGCUGGCAGCUGGGCUGGUUCUGCUGGCUGAGCAAAUGCCUCCCUCUGCGGGGACCGGCAGCCCUGGGACCUCGGCAGGGAAGGAGAAGGUGGCUGUCCCUGCGCUGGGUGCCACCAGCCCGGCUCCUGUGCCAGCCUGCAGGGGCAGUGGCCUUGCUUUGCUGGGUCUCUGUGCGGGAUGCCAGCUCUCCUUUGACUUCAAUGCCUGCUGUCCCACAGCAUUAUUCCGGGGGGCUCUGCACUGCUGGAGGUGAUCCUGGAGUGAUUCAGCAACACGUGGAUGUUUCUGGGUGCCUUUAGCACCAAGAGGUGCUGCUUUGUCGCAGGUUCAGUGUUUUGGGGCUCACUGACCCUUCAGUGUCCAGUGGCCUUCUGGUUUUCAUCCCUGCAGCCAAGCAAACCCCUCUCUGCAAUCCCUUCCCUCUGCACCCUGAGCUUCUCUCCCGACCCGUGAACAUCUGCUGGAAAUCCUUUAUUCAGCACAGCAGUGAGUAAGACUCAGGGAGAUGUUGGGUGUAGAGAUCUGAGUUUCCUUCCUGAGCACUGAGUGAUUAAUGAAUCACAGCAAAGAGCAGCUAAUUCAGAGCACACCAGGAGCUGGCAGGCGUAACGGGCACCUGCUCUCUUGGCUUCGGAGCCCAGCAUCCGAAUGGAGCUGCUCCUGAGCAUCUUGGGGAGCUGGGAUGGUCCCUGAUGCUUCCUGUCAGCCGAGGUCAGCUCAGUGGGGGUGGCAGUGGGACGCCUUUGUUCUGCCAGCACAGACAGCGGCCAUCUGCCCCUGCUCCCUCAGCCAGCCUGGCUCUCUGUGCAUGGAGUGGAAAUCAAAGCAGGCGUCCUCUGAAGGCUGAAGAUCUGCUGGGGAGGCUGCUCUGGGUCCUUCCUUUGCUGCAUUUGAGGCUCAGCAGCUCCAAAAAUCGAGCAGCCCCGCUGAAGUCCCAGUGCUGCCUCCUGGAUCUCCUCAGGAGCUGGAGCGCUGCCUCCAACGCCGGGGCAAGCUGGGCUUGGGAGGCUUGAGAGGCUUCACCCGCUCUGCCUGGCCUGCUGCAAACCAUCCCUAAAGGAUGUGGCUCCUCAGGGACAGGAAUCUGAGCUCCUCCAGCUGCAAUUCCCAGGGUCUGGGACCUGCUGGCCUUGGCAGGCCCCCAGUGUGCCAGCGAGCUCAAGGCCGUGGUGCCACAUGCUCCUCAUAGCUCAGUUUGCAGGGAUGUGCCCUGUGCUGCUGCUUGCCAAGAAGAUGCGCCCUGCAGAAUUCUUUGGAAUUCCCUCGAAUUCUUUCGUUUCCUGGCUUGGAAAGACUUUCUCACUGCUCCAGAAGCUCAGGGGUUGUUCAGAGCAGGAGGUGCAGAUCUGUGUUGGCAGAGAGGGGCCGGAGGGGGCUUUGUGAACCACCCCUAAACGUGGUGUGGGUGCCGUGGGAGGGCUGAGCCGGGUGAUGCCCGCUGGUGACCUCCUGGUUUGGAGGGGCAGCAGAAUUAUUCCAUGUCCCGUCCAUCUGCAAAAGAUCUUCUUGCCUGCUUGCAGCCAGCAGAUCCGAGUGCUUUUUCUUGCUUCCCCUGCUGCUGCUGCCUCAUGUGAUGGAGUUACCCUUCCCUUUGGAAGCCAAGUGGUGUCUCCUGCUGAGUCUCCCCAAAUUCAUCACUGUCCUGUGACAUCAGGGCAUUGCUGGGCAGUGGUGACCCACUCUGAGCUGGCCCCCUGUCACCUGGAGCCACCAGCAGCUGGCACAGCAGAGAGGUGAAGGGUGCAGUCCCUCCUUGGACCGAGGAUGCUGCAGAGAGGGAGCUCCCGGGCAGGUCUGGGAGCCAGGAAUGUGGCUGUGCUCUGGCCAGGCUGCCUCCCACGGCCUGAGCGCUCUCCCUUUGUGUUUCCCAGUGUGGAAAAUGGGCUGGGGACAGAGCUGUCUGUCACAGGAGAGAGCAGGAGCUCCACAGGGAUGGGCAGUGCAGCCUGAGCCCUGGCACUGCAGGGCACUUGCUGCGUGUGACGGGGUUUGGCAUUGCCUGUGCCAUAAACCAGCGCUGGGUGCGACAGAGGCUCCUCUGCCGUGGCUGCUGGGGACACUGGGAAGGGGAAUCAGGACAUGACCCACAUUUCCAGCCCCUGACAGAGCCAGAGGGCUCACGUUGCUCAGAUUUUGGCGUGCUUUGUGCUGGCGCGUGGCAGCUCCAGUCUGACCCCAGCGCAGCUGGAGACCUGCAGGUUUCGCUGAGCACCUCAAGGCAAGAAUCCAUUUCCAUUCCUUGUUUCUCCCUAACCUGGGAAUUCAGCAGCCCCAAACCUCCUCCAGCCCUGACCCUCGCACCCAAUUACUUGAAAAUGACCCAAAUGUUGGCGCAGAUGCCUCGGAAUCCCUCAACCAUGGAGUCCUGCUUGGAGCUGAGUUUGGAGGCGUCUGAAGGAAGAGCUGCUGCCUGUGGCAAGUGAGGAGAAGGCUGUGGGCACCGAGAGGCGGUGGGAAGGGCCACCCCCCUUCCCUGCCCGCGGCAGCCAUGGAGGGGGGUGUGCAGCUCCUGAACCGCGACGGGCACAGCAUCUCGCACAACUCCAAGCGCCACUACCACGACGCCUUCGUGUGCAUGAACCGCAUGCGGCAGCGGGGGCUGCUCUGCGACAUCGUCCUGCACGUGGCCACCAAGGAGAUCAAGGCCCACAAGGUGGUGCUGGCAUCGUGCAGCCCCUACUUCCACGCCAUGUUCACAAAUGAGAUGAGUGAGAGCCGCCAGACUCAUGUAACGCUGCACGACAUCGACCCCCAGGCGCUGGAGCAGCUGGUGCAGUACGCCUACACGGCUGAGAUCGUGGUGGGAGAGGGGAAUGUGCAGACCCUUCUUCCUGCUGCCAGCCUGCUUCAGCUCAAUGGUGUACGGGAUGCUUGCUGCAAGUUCCUGCUCAGCCAGCUCGACCCCUCCAACUGCCUGGGCAUCCGGGGCUUUGCUGACACCCACUCCUGCAGCGACCUCCUCAAGUCUGCCCACAAGUACGUCCUCCAGCACUUCGUGGAGGUGUCCAAGACAGAGGAGUUCAUGUUGCUGCCCCUUAAACAGGUGCUGGACCUCAUUUCCAGUGACAGCCUCAAUGUGCCCUCGGAGGAGGAGGUGUACAGGGCUGUGCUCAGCUGGGUCAAACACGACGUGGACAGCAGGAGACAGCACGUGCCCAGGCUCAUGAAGUGCGUGCGGCUGCCGCUGCUGAGCCGGGAUUUCCUCAUGAGCAACGUGGACACGGAGCUGCUGGUGCGGCACCACUCGGAGUGCAAGGACCUGCUCAUCGAGGCCCUCAAGUACCACCUGAUGCCCGAGCAGAGAGGGGUCCUGAGCAACAGCCGGACGCGGCCGCGGCGCUGCGAGGGGGCCAGCACCGUGCUCUUCGCUGUGGGUGGAGGGAGCCUGUUUGCCAUCCACGGCGACUGCGAGGCCUACGACACGCGCACGGACCGCUGGCACAUGGUGGCCUCCAUGUCCACGCGCAGGGCGCGCGUGGGCGUCGCGGCCAUCGGGAACAAGCUCUACGCCGUGGGCGGCUACGAUGGGACCUCUGACCUGGCCACGGUGGAAUCCUACGACCCUGUCACCAAUUCCUGGCAGCCUGAGGUGUCCAUGGGCACCAGGAGGAGCUGCUUGGGUGUGGCAGCCCUUCAUGGGCUCCUCUACGCUGCCGGGGGCUACGAUGGGGCCUCGUGCCUCAACAGCGCGGAGAGGUACGACCCCCUGACGGGCACCUGGACCUCCAUCGCCGCCAUGAGCACCCGGAGGCGCUACGUCCGCGUGGCAACGCUAGAAGGCAACCUCUAUGCAGUCGGGGGCUACGACAGCUCAUCCCACUUAGCCACGGUGGAGAAGUACGAGCCCCAGAUCAACACCUGGACCCCCAUUGCCAACAUGCUGAGCCGCCGCAGCAGCGCGGGCGUGGCCGUGCUCGAGGGGAUGCUCUACGUGGCUGGUGGCAAUGAUGGCACCAGUUGCCUUAACUCCGUGGAGCGCUACAACCCCAAAUCCAACACCUGGGAGAGCGUGGCCCCCAUGAACAUCCGCAGGAGCACCCACGACCUGGUGGCCAUGGACGGGUGGCUUUAUGCCGUGGGGGGCAACGACGGCAGCUCCAGCCUGAACUCCAUCGAGAAGUACAACCCCCGCACCAACAAGUGGGUGGCCGCCUCCUGCAUGUUCACCCGCCGCAGCAGCGUGGGGGUGGCCGUGCUGGAGCUCCUCAACUUCCCCCCACCCUCCUCGCCCACCCUCUCGGUGUCCUCGACGAGCCUUUGACACCGGCUCCGGCCGUGCCUCAGCGCCGGGGCGCAGCGGUGGCCCCCGGCCGGCGUCGCUGUGAGCGGGGAGCAGGAACCCCAGCCCGGCCCUCCUGGGGGGCUCUCCCCGCUCUGGGGGCACCCACGGCGUCACCAGGGCCACCUGCAGCAGCUGCAGAUGUGCUUCCAGGGCUGGCCCUUCCCUGGAGGACGAGUGGAGGGGGUUCUCCCUCCGGCCAGACUCAUCCCAGCACCCCUGAAGGCUCCUUUGGGCAGGGGAACCCGAACCAUCGCUGCUUCUGGGAUUGCCGUGCUCCAGCCGUGCCACCGGGCACCGCCGGCCCUGGGGUGGCCCCGGGGGCCACGGCGAAUGUGCAACCACCGCUCCUCUGAAUGUCACUGUAGCCAAACUCAGCCAAGCCUGCACUGUUACAGACUCCGGGGCCGCCCCCCGGCUCUCGAGGGUGUCUCAUCGAUGCCUUAAAACACACCAAGGGAAGGAGCCCAGCCCAGGCGCAGCCCUGCGGGGUGGGGAGGGUCGGAGGCAAAGCUGGCCGCAGCAUCCUGGCCCCUGCAGCGCUCCCUGAGCCGCUGAGAUGCCAGCUGAGUGGGGACCUUGGUGGCAUCGCUGCCGUUGCUGUGCCAGGCUCCAGGACUGGGACUGCACGUGGGCCUGCCUCAGCCUGGGAACGGCCCGGCCUGUUUGCUGUUCCCCUCUCUGCAAAGCAGAUUCUGGGUUUGUGGGAAGGAGUCUGUUCUUGGACAAAGAGCAGUCCAGCCUUCGGAACGAGGAGGAUUGCCUGGCGUUACUUUUUUUGGGUAUUGAUUUUUUUUGCCUUUUUUUAUUUGGACGCUAAUAUGACUUCAUGUCCCUUUAUUUUUUACACUGCCCUGGUAUUCCCCAUCCCCUCUGCUCUCGAGGCAGCAGAAGGGAUGCAGUUCCUUUUCUCAUUUGUUGAGGAGAUGAUUCCUGUGCCCUGCAAGGUGCUCUCUCUGGAUGGGUGGGGUGUGUGCAUGUGUGAGGUGCCAAAAGCAGCACGGGAGGGACUGUUUCCAAUUAGCGACUCCCUGCCAGUCAAGCAACCACUUUAAUGAACUAAAGGUUGGAUAAAUUAGUACUGUAAGGCCUGUCCUAGAGCCAGGGCCCCUGUGGGGUGGUGUUUUCAGGGUGUGCUGCGUGUGAGGUGUGAGCUGAGGCACAGAUCAGGUGUUCCCCACACUACAGAGGAACGACUCAACCACUGGUACCUCAAUCGUGUUCAAAUGUAGCAUUGGAAAUAUGGCCCAGCUGUUUGGAACUCAUUCCUUUCUCCUUUUCCCCCCCUGCUCCUCAGUUCUCCCUCACAGAGUUCAGGUUUCACUCGUGUGGUACUUGCGGGCCUGAGUUUUCAAGUAGCGAGAGAUUUCUCCUUUUAUUUGGGGGGGGUGAAAGAAGAGUUUGAGGUGAGACAGGGACCCCCCAACUUCAGACCCAUUUCUUGGCAGUCUCAUUUCCCCUGGACAGGUGCCUGCAGGUUUUCCAAGCCCGCCGGCAUCCUUCACAAGCCCACUCACAGUGCCUCGUGUUGGACACCUGGAAUUCCCAGCAGCUUCUGAAAAUCAGGCCUGCUUCCCCCUCCGGCCUCUCCCCAAGGACAGUCUGAGCUUCUCAGCCUGAGGAGGCCUUUAUGGCUUUUGGAACAGGCUCUAAAUCUUCUUUUUGUCCCCUUCUCGCUGCCCCAGCCUGUCCCAGCUCAGCAGCUCUCCCAUUUCCCUGGCCUGCAGAGUGUCCAGGCUCUGCACUUGUCUCCUGGUCCCUGUGGGCUGCCCCAGGGAGGUCAGAGGAAUCUGCUUUGUUCCAAAACCAGUGAAGUCUGCUCUGGUUUGUGUGUGUGCCUCCACCUGAGCGAGCUCUCAACGCUUCCCAUCCCAUUCCUGUAGCCAACAUCAGGAUUUCCCUCUCCUGCUGGGCUCAGGUCAAGGUGUCCCUGGCUCCAGGGUCCCUUUUGGAGGAGGAUCAGCCCAAAAGCCUCACGGAGAGGUGGAAGGUGCUGGUGCUGGGCUUGGCCCGAGGUGCUGAGCAGCUCGGGAGGAGUCAGGAAUGAAGGGAGAUGGAGCCCAGCGAGGAGGGGCAGUGCAGGAACUGCUGAGGGGGAAGCAGGGCUGCUUUCAAACAGGGAAUGAGGUGCUGGAGCAGUGGCUCAGCCUCUGCUCCAGCUGGGGCUGCUGUGGAGUGAAGGGGAGGGCUGUGCCUCGGGAGCAAAGCCUGAGGGAAGUGAGAAAUGCAGCAGCUGAGGAGAAUUUUGGUGCCAGGAGCCCUCGGCCUCCACCGGAACCUUCAGCAGUCACGCUGCAAAUCGUGUGUGAUGCUGUGCUGCCUCCUGAGGAGCAGGGAAGGGCCAGAGUGAUUCCUGUGCCCCCUGCCUGGGUCCUGAGCAAUAUCCCACUGAGCCUGAUCCAUGGAAACCCGGGGAGCAGGGAGCCUCUCGUCUCUGCUGCCCAAACUAUGCAGGUGCUCACUGCUUCCCCAUGCCGGAGGGAGGAGGAAGGAAAGGGCAAAACAAUUCCCCAGCACCUUCUGGGGGUCCCAAGCCCCCUGACCCACACUGUGUGGACACGAGGUGUCAGCAUCUGCCCUGGCAGGUGCCAGGGUGGGAUUGCUCCUGGUGCUGCAUGUCCCCUGCCGAGGAGGAGGAGGAGGAGGAGGAGAGCUCGGAGGGGACGUGUGUCUGUGUCUGUCUGUCUGUGCGUAGCAACCCUGUCUGAGGGGAGGAGAACAACUCUGUGUGGCUUCCCUGCCAGUGUUAGUCCGUGGUGUCUCACCCAAGAUGUUCCUUGUGUGAAUUCCCAGCAGAGGGGUGGCCCCGAGCCGGGGGCUCCGGGCUCUGGGUGUUUCUCCAGCAGGAGCCCCUGCCCUGAGGGGGGCAGAGGUUCCCUUGGCCUCCCUGCUGGGUGCACCUGCUCCAGAUCCACGUCCGAGCGUCGUCACUUUGAUUUCUCUGUAACUUAUCUGACUUUAUUUAUGUGGAACUCUGUUUCUCUGAAUUUUUUGCACUACGUGGGACCGGGGAGGGGAUACAAGCAAUAGAAGCCAACGUGUACAAUAAAGACGUUUUCUUGGAUACC